AUGUCGGCUCAAGGAACGCCCGUGCCUUCCCAUUUGCAGUCUCCAGUGAGAAAGCCAAUGAGUUCCCAAGCUCCUGCAAAAGUCACAGGAAAAAAACGACUGGGAGCUGCAACUAGCGGCACAACGAAACGAACGACUCGUCGAGAGCUCAAGAAAUUGACGGAGGUUCAUCUGGAAGAGAAGGACGAGGGCUGUGCAGGAGGAGAACAAGGUGCAGCAGUUGGAAUGAAAGCGGAGAAGACGCCGUUUGGAUUGGAUGCAGCAAGUGCGUCCGUUACCCCCACGAGUCUUCACGACGACUUUGUAAACAUGAUGAAGUCUCAGGGACUCGAGAAGAUGGCUACAGAGAUUGGAAUCUUGAAGAAUGGGGCUCUUGUUGACACGCCGCAUGCGUGUACGGCAACACCUCGUAAAGGAGGAAGUGGAUCGAAACAAGUGCCAGAAACGCCGACAUUUGCCAGUCCUACGUUCACUAGCCCGUCACCGGGAAAGAAUCGAAGAUACUUGAAGCUUAACAAGGGUCUUCGUCAUUUCAGCAUGAAAGUGUGCCAGAAGGUAGAAGAAAAACAUGUGACGUCCUAUAAUGAAGUCGCAGAUGAGCUCGUUCGCGAGUUCGUUACGAUGCGACCAAACGAUUCGGUAUACGAUGAAAAGAACAUCCGCCGGCGCGUUUAUGAUGCGUUGAACGUACUCAUGGCGAUGGACAUUAUAUCGAAAGAGCGCAAGGAGAUCCGAUGGAAAGGGCUGCCCUCAAAUUUACAGCAUGACACGGAAAUGCUAUUGGCUGAACGAAGCGAGCGUAUGAAAAGCGUGGAGCAAAAGAAACAGCAUUUGCAAGACCUUUUGGUACAACAAGUUGCGAUGAGGAAUCUCCUGAAGCGAAACGCAGAACGCAAACGAGCAGCUAGCGAGAAUCCGGCAACCGCUAACAUCGCACGCGACGAAGGGCGGAUAUUCCUGCCAUUCAUCGCCGUGAAUACGAGCAAAGACACGGUGAUUCAGUGUGAGAUGUCAGAAGACCGUCACGACAUUUUUUUCAACUUCAGCGCCCCGUUUGAAAUUCACGACGACGCCGAUAUCUUGCAGAAGCUGAACUUACACAAGGCUUCGUAUGCUGACUUGAAGCAGAUAGUGCCCGAGAAGUUGCUGUCUUACCUCCCAGCUGAGUGUGAAAUGAAGAGCGAAGAAGAGUAA